GCGCAAAGACAACAGAAACCAACGAGAAGCCCAAAACAAAAACCCAAUAAAAAUCUCGCCUCACCUCUCGCAGUCCAGCCAACCCCGUCGCCCACCCCAAUCUCCACGCGUCGCCGCCGCUUGCCGGCGAGUCUAUUCCCCUCCGUCACGCCGCCGAGGCUACCCGGACCCCGCAGCGGUUCGGAUAAGACUGCCGCCCGCCGUCCGCCACCUGCCACCCGCCCUCCUUUGACUCCCACUACUCUCGGCCCCGGGACCGCUUCGGCCUGGAUCUAGGGUUGUGUGGGGAGGGGUUCUGGAAGCCUUGGCCGCGAUGGGCGAGUCAGACGAUGACGCCCGCACCUUCAAGGUCGUUUUCACCACCACCGGAGAGGAGCAGUUCCGGGAGCUCGUGAGGGAGAAGCUGCGCGGAUUCAGGAGGGGUCUGGACGACACCCUCGUGGUACGAUUUACUUCUCUCACCCCGGCUCGCUAGAUUCUGGUCUUAGCAUUUGAUUUCGGUUGUUUGGGGACUUGGGUUCUCUGCAGCUGUAGAUUCUGGUCUUAGCAUUUAGCAUUUGAUUUAGAUGGAACUUAAUUGGCACUUAACAGUAUGUAAAGGACUAGCUAGAAUUCAAGAUGGUUUGGCAAGUUACGCGACUGUGGACUGUAUUUUUUGUUCAGUGCCACCAUGCAUACAGUAGCGGACCCACCGCUUGAUCAUAGCCUGUGCAAGUCUCACUGAGCUAAUCAAAACUCGACCUGCGGGGGUAAGACAGCCCCCGGGCAUUGUAUUAAGAAGAAGACCUUCUCACACAGGUCGAGAAAACCUCCGAACCCCUGCCCCACCCGUACACAGCGGCAUCGAAGCCCAUGUGAGAACGACCACAACCGGGGCUGAGCCUUAGACCUAUGCUUUAGCGUGGGACAGAAUUCAGGAUUUUUUUAACCACAACCUGAAAUUCUCUCCCACGGAGAGUCGAACCCAGGACCUGAGGAGUGCUACUCAGACGGUCAGACCACCUAACCAACUCAGCUAGAGGCCCUUUCGCCUCACUGAGCCAAUCAGAUCAUGCGUUUUGGAGCUCAUAGCAAAACAUGCUGCAAUAGAGACCCAAGGAUGCACUGGCAUCACAACCCUGGGUUCAGUGCGCAUACAACACCUAUUGCUGGAAGCAAUCAGUAGUCUAAUGUCGUUGGAUAUCAUGGGCCUGCAGCUUCUGCUAUGUGAUGGCUGCAGUCUUCGUUUGUUUAGGCUAGACAUGCAUGCGGGCUGGAUCGUGACUGGACACCAAGGCACAUUGCUUGCCGCAAAGUUCAGCCACUAAGAUACCGACUUUGCGAUCAAAUGUUCCGUGGGCACAACAGACUUGGCUGCAAAACCCGAUGGAUCUGCUACACCUAUACUCCUAUAGCAUCUCUCUAUUUCAUGGAAAAAGCUUCUAUGCAUCCAAACAAAACACAUGUGUGGUUGUUUCAUGCAACCUCCCGGCCUUGUUUUGGUGCCGGGCCUUAGACCAGUGCUUGGCGUGGGACAGACGAGGGGAUUUUUUUAACCACAGUCUGAAAUUUGCUCCCACGGGGAGUCGAACCCAGGACCUGAGCAGUGCUACUAAGACCACCUAACCAACUCAGCUAGAGGCCCUUUCGCCCCCCACCCCUAAUGACCUCCUCCUUUCAACUGGUCUCGAUUAUGUAGACCUCCUGCUGCUGCUGCCUGUGUGUGUCUGUCAUCUACUAAUUAAUUAACUCGCUGCCCAUCGUCUUCACUGGACUAGAAACCAUAAGGUCAAAUCCAAGCGGCAACGGCAGUAAGGACAUGGCGACGAGCUGCUGCUGCUGGUGCAUGUUGUCUGUGGACAUGGACGACGAUGUGGCAGUGGUGCAAGAUAGCUUGCCAUCGUUGAUGGCUCGACGUGCCAUGCGGCGGCUGUGAGGAGCUGAUACGGAGGGGUGCGUUGUCGUGCAUCAUGUCAAUAAAGACGCUGCCAUCCACAAAGGCGGAGGGGAUGAUGUGCUCGAGGAGGCGUGGGAUCCAUGAUCCAGAGGUAGUACGUGAGGUCCUCGUCUUUAUCCACCACGGAGGAGCGAUGGUCGGGGUUCUGUUGCCAGCACCUGCCUCAUCCGCAAACUUAGUUUCUAUCUGUGCGCGCGGAGGUAGAGCGGGCAGAGGAGAUGACGUGCGGAUGUCUGUGGCGCCGAUCGUGGUAUUGGUUUGAUAGAAACAGUAGCUGGCUGGUUCUUGCGGGUUGUUGCAGGUUCUUACUGUUGUCGCGCGGGCUUGAGCAAUCAAAAGAUGUCGGGCCACAAUGAAGCUGCAGCUCUCUCGCAUUGGUCACUAAUGCUGAUUUUGUGGGUUGGGUUGGUGGGUACGUUAACAGCCUGCCCCGCCUGCACAAGUUUAGGAUGACUGCUAUCUGUUUUUUUUCCAACUUAAUGUGCUCACUAUGUACACUUAGAUGCUUAUAGGUGAGUUCAACUAGUGUAAUGGACUGGUGCACUAUUAUGCACCAAACUGUUGUGUACGGUAUAUACUACAUACUUAUGAAGCCUCUUCUCAAACUGCGAAUCAGGAUGAAUAUGGAAUGUUUGUCUAAUUGAAGCAUGCCUUAGUUUGUACUGGUUCAGUAACUAUCAUGUUACUUGGUGACCAUUUUUAUCAAACUAUAGAAUGGAUCUUAUUUGUUGCCGCUUCACUACAACAACAACAAAGUCUUUCAGUCCCAAGCAAGUUGGGGUAAGCUAGAGUUGAAACCCAACAUUUGUUGCUGCUUCACUAGUCAAUAUUUAUAGUUGGGCAUGCAAACUUUGUGAAUUAGCUGUCUCACUCUCAUGUGAACAAAUGUACAUUACAAAUCACAAUCAUCGAAUUGUUUACCCAGUUCAAAAGUAUUGCAUGUUAUCGGUGGUGUUUUUUAUGCAACUGAAAUGUAAUACUUAUUUCAAGCACGGUAUACCAUACCAUCCUUGCAUGUUAACAUAUGCUAUUGCUACGAGUCUUUGCUGCAUUUUCCAUUCAUUACAAUUGCACUAUUCAUCUACUUUUAGCCUUAAAUUUAUACUAUUAGUCAAGAGCACCCAAACUUCCCUAAAAACAGUGCUGUAUGCAGUUUCACUGGUGGAACAAAGGGAACCUAUGAAAGAAUCUGCCAUCUGCCAUUAUGCUUUUCCCUGUCUUUAGUGAACAAUCCUGGCCUGGUCUUUGUCUUUUCUGAGGAAGCACCACAUUACGUGAAUUACAUUGUUUAUAUGUAUACUUCCUCUGAUUGAAAAUGGAUGUCAUUUUAUACUUCCUAACUUUUUUAAAAAAUGACCCCACUUUCCAGUGUACUAUAAAUAAAGGGCAACAAGGUCAUUCUACUAACUUCCUUAAUCCUUGUGCGCAACUCUGAAAUAGCAUUGCAUUUUGAUUUACGGGGAGCAAUACUUUUAAUUGCCGUGUUCCAUGGUUCCAUGGUUUAAAAGGUGUCGCCUAGGCGACGCCUAGGCGUCCAGGCACCAAAUUUUUCUGGGCGUCGGCCUCGCCUUGCCCUGGUCGACUAAGGCGUCCGACUAGGCGUUGUAGGCGUUGCCCUGGACGCCUUAGCCGUUGAAUAGAACCGCCCAAUAGUGUCUUCUCUUCUAAAAAUCUGGCGCCUUCCCUGGAAAGUUGGUGCUCUUUCCUUAGAAGCACGGGAGAACUAAAGAAACGAGAAAGAGAUAAGGAAGGGAGAGAAAGAGAAGGGAGAGGGCCAGCACCAGAACUUGGCGGCGUGGCACAGCACCAGAUCUGGGUGGCGGCGCGACACAGCACCAGUAGGUGGUGGUGCGGCGAGCCAGGGCGCGACGCAGCGAACAGGCAAGGGCGCGGCGCGCGCGCGACAAGCCAGCAGGCAAGGGCGGGCAAGCAGGCAAGGGCGAGCAAGCAGGCAAUGGCGCACGACGAUCAAGCAGGAUUAUGUUACCAUCAUGCUCAAGAAUGGAAAAAGUAAGGAUCAUGCCAGUGAGGAACUCCAUGUAUUUCUAGGGGAUGAUACUGCAGUAUUCAUUUCCUGGUUGUGGGGCCAUCUUUCUUCAAAUAUGCACUUAUAUGUGCAACCACAAGAACGAACUCGGGAGGUUAAGGAUGAUGAGGCCCCCAAAGAAGUAUCUGGAAGAGAAAAAUCAUCAGAUGUGCUCCCGAGAAGCAAACAUCAAACUCAUUCUGGGCACACAAUUGAAUCAAGUGAAGCUACUAGUAGGAGACGGAGUAACCGGGAAUGGAAAGGGAUUGGUCGGAAGGGUAAUGAAAAAUUUCCGCUUCGAAAUGUACUAACUGAUAUUCUUCAUGGGGAGGACAAAAGAUCGCAAAAGUCCAAUGAAGUACGACCCCCUCCAUCAAAACAACAGAACGACAGGAAGCGUGAAAGGGAUGAUGAGACACAUCAAACAAAGAAGGACUCCUCAUCACGCUCCAUGCUUGGUGAUGGUGCUUCCCGUCGUCUUCUACAGUUUGCUGUCCGAGAUGCUGUAAAAGCUGUACAGCCAACCAGUACCUCUGCUGAACCAGCAUCCAAGCGCCUGUGCUCUGUGGUCGCCACUACUUCUACAGAGCACAUGCGUGAUAGGAGAUCAGAAAGAUCUCAGGACUACCUGAACGAUAGAAGAUCAGAAAGAUCUCAAGACAACUUGAGUGACAGAAGAUCAGAAAGAACUAGGCCAAUGCUACAGGUACAUGGAGCUGCUUUAGCUCUUAGAGCUGCAGCGGAAGCUGCUGCAGAUUCUGCAAAGGUUAGAUCUACUGGAAGUGUUUUCAAGCGAUUGGGUCAAGGGAAUGUUGUGAAACAGCCAUCUCGUUCUCGUGAAGAGAAGAGAGAUUAUGAAGAUUUUGAGCCAGUUACGAUCGCAGAUGAACAUGAUUCUGAUCAAUAUGUUAAUAAUGAGGAAUCCGAAGAGGAAUCUGGAGAGCUAACCAUGGCAGAUAGGGUAGCUGGAAGUGGAAUGUAUGUUGAUUCGAGCUCUGAAGAUGAUAUGGACCGAGAUGAGGGUAUUACAAGAUACCAAACUUCUCUUUCACAUGACGAUACUUUCUCACCAUUUGCAGAGAAGAAAACUGUAUCGGCACCAUGCAGUGUUGAACUAGAGACUAAUGCAAUAAGACCUUCAAGUGUGAAUGACGAGGAACAACCUGUUCCUUCAACACCAACAGCAAGUAAAGCUGUCGCUAUUUCUGUUGAUGUAAAUAUGGUGGAGCCUCCCAGUUAUGCAACACCAAAAGAUGUUCAUGUUGUGGAGAAGCCUUAUGUUGCACCCAUGAAUUCAAAUGCCGCCAGUAUUGCUACCAAUGCCAAAGAAUUAGGUCAUGCUGAAGUUCAAAAGGAUUCUCAGCGGUCUGCACCAUCUGUUCCGGUUUCAUAUAGCACAGCGCAUCCGAUGGAGGAUGCAGAUUCAAGAACGCUUUAUGUUAACAAUGUUCACUUUGCUGCCACCAAGGACUCAUUAUCUCGCCAUUUCAACAAGUUUGGUGCAGUGCUGAAAGUAGUCAUUGUCACUAAUGCCGCAACGGGCCAGCCAACAGGGUCUGCCUAUGUAGAGUUCUUACACAAAGAAUCAGCUGAACGAGCAUUGUCGUUGAAUGGCACAUCAUUUAUGACCCGUAUUCUCAAGGUUGUCCGGCGAAGUUCUCAUGAAGCAGCUCACUUUUAUGGUUGGCCUGGUAGUGGACGGUCAUCAAUAUAUGGGAGGCAUGGUAGGAUGGCAUACCCAAGAGCUGUUAUCCCUGGUGGUUCCUUUAGAGGGCGUGCUCCGAUGAAAGCUGGUGCUAGAAGUUUACAGUGGAAACGGGAGCCUUCAGGCACUGAUUCAAGUGCAGGUGCGAAAACUGACAUGAGUGUGGCAUUUUCCUCUGAACAGGUGCUUCCACGUGCAACAUAGGGGAGUAUGUUACCGCUGAGCUGAUAUAAUGAGAACCAAGUGGUAUCCCACUCGUCGCUCCUGGCCCUAAUGGCUGAAUAUGGACAGCAAGCUGAGAAGAUUGUUCCUUCCUGCUGCACUGUAAAAGAAAAGUACAAAAAAAAUGAAAAAUAUAAAAAUCUAAAACAAGAGAUUCUGGGGGAGUUUGGCAUCAGAUUAUGGCUAUCAUUCUGGUGACUGGAUUUGGUCCUCUUGGCCAUAUGCGAGUAGGCUGACAGCCUGAGCAAUUUUCUAUGGACUCCAGCAAUCUGAAAGAGGAUUCACAUUCAAAAUAAUCAGAGCUUGGAUGUAUUGGAUGGAAGAUGCUUUUCAAGUAGAACAAGAUGUGCAGAUUUUGGACCAGGUAUUUAGUGACAAUCCGGGCGUCAUCGAUGUAAGCCUCAACUGUAUAGAAGUAACCUAUCUAUCUGUACCCUUGUGUGAAUCAAUCUCCUUCCCAACAAAAAGGGGGGAAAAGGCAGCACAAAAAAAUAUGUUCUCUUUUGUUUUUUCCUCUCCAUGAACUGUUUUAUUUAUUGUACUAAUAUAGCUGAUUAUUCAGUUGGACAUUCAUUUUUUUGUCAAACAGUUUAACAAUACUUUUUUUCCUGUGUGGUC